AUGCUCACAAGAUUGAAAUUCAGAGGAGAUUUGAAGUUAUUUGUUAGAUGUUUAUCAGAAAAACCACCAGAAAAAGAUGGGAAUCCACCAAAUUUAAAACCUAUGGAUGAAAAUGUACAAACAGAAACCUCUAAAUCCGAAUCCUCAACCGAAAAAAUUCAAGAACUUCUUAAAAGUAUGAUGGCUGCACCUAAAAUUAAUGAAACGGAAUAUAAAGAGAAAUUUACAACGGCUCCUGAAAUCCCGCGACAAAAAAAGCAGAAGGCUGAAAGCAUUCAAGAUAAAAGUAAAUUAUUUGAACAAAACCUCACUAAGGCAGCAGAAGAUGUUGCUAAUGCAAUUGGUGGAGAUAUCAAACAAACGGAAGCUGAGUUACUUUCCAAAGUUUUAGGAAAGAUUAAUCAAACAUCUACAAGUUUAAGCGAUCUUCUUAUUGGUAUGAAAGUUGACCGAUCAAAGGAACCUGAUGAAGGUAUGAAUCGAGAAACUAGAGGUCAACAAGUGAAACGUCUUGUAGAUAGACCUCCCUCAGAUGCACAGAAAACAAGAUAUAUUAAAAGAAGAGAACAGGGUAGUAAUGAGAAACAAUAUGAAAGAAAAAGUUUACAGCAAGCUACAGUGGUAAACAUAUUCAGUGGAGAGCCUUUGGGCAUAUUCAAAGCAAAAGAAGGAAAUUAUGGCACCAAACUUGAAAUGUGGGAAAGUCUGAAUGAGAGGGAAUUAAAUUUAGCAACUUUGCAACCCCCAACAAAUUAUUUCCAGAAAAUGAUACAAUGGACAGAACAGGGAAAAGUUUGGAAGUUUCCUAUUGAUAAUGAACAAGGUUUAGAGGAGGAAGCUGAUGUUCAUUUCUCUGAGCACAUAUUUCUCGAUACCCAUCUCGAAGGCUGGUGCCCCAAUCGCGGACCUAUUCGACACUUCAUGGAGCUGGUGUGUGUGGGUCUAUCGAAAAAUCCAUUCUACACUGUUCAAGAGAAGAAGGAUCACAUAAUGUGGUACAAGGAAUAUUUCGAAACUAAAAAGGAUGUUUUAACUGAAAUAGGUGUGUGGGAUAUGAAGCCUGUAGACAAAGAGGCAUCUGUG